AUGCGGCGGCAACAGGGCAUGCGACUCGAUGAGUGGUAUGUGUCGUACUUGCAGAUGGCGGGGUUAUACCAUCUAGCGAGGCUAAAUGAUAGAUGGUUUUGGAUAGAUGAGCCCCUUCUCAGUGCCUUCAUGGAGCGGUGGCGUCUUGAGACGCACACUUUCCAUAUGCCCUUCGGAGAGUGCACGAUCACGCUUCAGGAUGUGGCGUACCAGUUGGGGUUGGCAGUGGACGGCCGUUAUGUCAGCGGUUACCUUACGGAUUUCCAUAUAUAUAUCGAGGGUGGACGUCCUGCUUGGGUGUGGUUCGAGGAGUUGCUUGGAGUGAUUCCUCCUCCGAGCCAGGUUCAGAAGUUCGCAGUAAACUGCAGCUGGUUCAAGGAGACAUUUGGAGAGUGCCCUGAGGGAGCCGAUGAGGACACCGUGUGGCGCUUUGCUCGUGCCUAUAUCAUGAUGUUGUUGGGCACUCAGCUGUUUGCCGACAAGUCUGGCAACCGCAUUCACAUCAGAUGGCUUCCCUAUGUAGCUAGGCUUGAGGAGAUGUGUUCCUAUAGUUGGGGGUCUGCAGCAUUGGCAUGGUUGUACCGGUGCAUGUGCCGAGUGGCGAACCAACAUGUGGUGAAGUGGUCAGGUUACAACCCUUUCGUUAGCGAGAAGGGUCCUAGAGUGCAGAUGUGGAGACUGCAGAUAGACAUGUUACAACCCAGGGAUUUUAUCUGGAUGCCGUAUAGCUCCCCCGAGGUACUGCAUUUGUGCAUCCGGAGGCGUUGGAGCCUCGACACAUGGCGCUGUGGCGAUCUGUGA